CUGGAAGCGCCCUCUCAAUUCCGAGGACUCGGCGCAGCCUUGACCCCGACGCGCCGUGAAAUUGCUGAGGCUGGCAGCACGCACGUGACAGCGCGGAAACUAGGAGCUCUGUUCGAAGAUAUCAUUCCCCGCACGCCAUAUCUCAUUGACGCAUAUGGAACCAGAGUCUCUGAGAUUGCGAACUCUGCUACCGCCAAUCCACGGGCUACUUUGAGCGAUGGAAUUUUUGCAGAUUAUACCGGAGCUGACGGAACGUCAAUUUGGGCAGCCGCUACUUCGGGAAGUAGUGCUAUAUCUGUCCAUCUGUUGGGAUGUAUGCUAGCCCGUAUGUUCAGUGUUGGGGAAGCAAUAUCAAUCUGGGUUGAAAUUGUCGAAGCGAGGAAGAAGGAGAUGGCACUCUUAUCAACAGAUGAACCAAUCAAAUUAGCUCAUAUGUUGGCAGCCCAAGUAGUGAUCGAGCGUAACCAGCUGGCUGAGUGGGACAACAGUGCUAGAGCUUGGCUCAGGCGAGCUGAUGAAGCAAAGAAUAAGGAGCAAACUCGGCUAAUGCUUAUCUUGAAUAAUCUGAGCAUUGCUGUAAAUGCGAAGAUUAAUACUUAUGCAAGUGUUAUCUCGGCUUGGACAACUGCUUUGAAUAUGAUGGAAGAGUUGCUCAGUGGAAAGCCACAAGGUAUUCAAGAUGGAAGCUUAUUGCUAGCUUUGUCCUGCUGGCACCUAUACCCAGAUCUGAUUGUAUUAGGUCAUAAAACGGCCUUUCAAAAUGAUCGGCUAGUCCCUACAGAAGGCAAACUCACUUUAGGACUUGAAAGAUCUGCAAACUCUGACAAGGACCAGAGUGGCGUUUACUGGGUCAUGUCAUUAGCCCAUAUGAGAUAUUAUGGGCCUCCAGUACACCUGCAAAGAAGUAUUGCAACUACUUCGUCAAGGCUAUCCGCAGAUCAAUUAAUGCAAGUAGCCCUAGGCUCCAUUCUACGUGGCUGGGGAUUCAAAGUCAACAACGCGGUAGAUGCAAUCGAUGUGAUUAUUGCUCUGGAGAAGAAUCUGUUGACGGCAUCCAAAAGAUCAUCGAUUUUCAUGGCCCCGGGAGAAAAGUUAGCCAAGAAACGACUCCUUACUAAUGCAUGGGUUGAAAAACUUAAAACAGAGUCAAAUUGGGUUCGAUCACUUGGACAAGCGGCAAACUCCUUCACUUCUUCUAUGGCUACCGGAACCGACAUCUAUCAUGAACUUCACAGAAAACUCUUUGCGCUCGGACAUGGACGAGGUUCAGCGUUCAUCGAAGAUCCUAAAUCUUUCCCACCUCCGGUUUUUGGUAUCCCUGAUUUCCAGAAUUUUAUCCCCCUUCUGGAGAGGGAUGAGGAUAGGGUUUCACUACUCCGAAAGUAUGCUGUGAGGUUUUUCCCAGACGCAAAACCCUGGGAAGUCAUUAUACGCUAUCGACCAGACUUAGGCCGAGAGUCCAAGAAAGUACCUGCCGAGGAAACAACCACAGUUACGAAUGACCGUACCUCUCAGAACCAGGAGGUUGAGCAGAAUCAGGGAGAUGGCGUUGAGGCUGGGACGUCUGCGCCUGCAAAUCAAAAUUUGCCUAAAUUAUCUCUCAAUGAUUCAGAAGAGCCUGUGGAAAUUGCAAAAGAUAAAAAGCAUUAUCUACAAACCUACGAGUAUGCUACUGGUCUGCCUGAUGCGGAGAUCCCGGCCGCCACAAAUCUUCCGCGGAUGCUGAGGUAUAAGAGGUGGAUUGAUUCAAGACUGGAUCCUGGGCCUCUAGUCGAGACCACUACUUUCUCGGAGGUAUUCGCUGUGGAAGAGAUCUUCAAUAAGACAAAGGCAAUGAUAAAACUCGAACCGCUGCCCUCGAAUUUUGGAUCCGAGGUUACUUCAGAUUAUAUGAUGACUUUUGAGGAGGGAAGCAACCCUUUCGAGGACUUUACCUCGACGACAGAUUCUGGUGGAAACUCUUUGGUUUCGUCGGCUGCAGUAGUACCAACCUGCGAAACUCUGACACAGCUGGGAAAUCUACCGAACCACAUGGCAAUAGUGCUCAAGUUUCUUAAAAGCCACGAUACGGAUAUCGAUACUCUACAGGGCAUUCACUGGGAAUCAAGUCAUUCCUUGGAAAGAAGUGAUUCCUGGGAAAGUUUUGAAGAUCCCAUUGUAGCUGAAGAUCCUGGGUUGUUCAUGGAUUUAGGGACGUCCGAACAGAAAAGUCAGGAAGCUCGAGCGACCAAGGAUGAGAAUUCGAAGCCGAACGAUGAGAAAACCGAACCAGCUAUUCAUUCCACAUCUUUCGAGUACUUUUUGGGAGAUCCUCAAGUGGCAGCCUUAUACGUCACCUCAGAGGUCCUUGCCUCGUACCAAAUGGAAGCCCGAGCACCCUACUGGGCAUCCAAGAAGAUCCAGCGAAAGAAGAAAAUCGACCUUGACGAUGUGAAGACCGCAUUAUAUAAAGGUGGAAUAAGUGCACAGAGCCUCGACAGCUUCCUCCGCGACCAAUCACCACAACCCUUCUACCAAUCUCUUCGUGCCUUGGCCCUGAUCCAGGACGUCUAUCAAUCGCUCCCAAGCGCAACAAUCAACACCGAAGUGGUACUACGACCGCUUCACAAUGCAAAAUGGCUGAAAGACCACUUCGGUGUAGACCGGACUCUGUUCUCAAAGUCCCUUUCUCGACAACAGACAUUCGCCUGCAUCACCAUGCUCGAGACUGGCACCCUCGACCUCCCCAUCUCAAUCUUCCAAAAUGUCUUCGCCAUCUCCUCCGGAGACUCGCUCUACGUAGCCGCUUCUCUCCUCGGCGACCCGGGAGAAGCCAUCCAACCCUCUGAAGUCCGGCACAUAAUCGGCAACAUCGGGCGUCCGGGAAUUAACCUGAUCGUUCCGCCCACUGAGCCCCAAGUCCUGCAGCUGCCAGCCGACAGCUGGCGUGUGAUUAACAGAGCACCUUAUGAUGGUACCACUAGUAAUUGCUUCUCAGAUACUAGUUUGCACUUGCGAUUCUCGGAUUGGAGCAUUGCUAUCGAUGUUGGGACUUCCAGUCAGGGAAGGCGAGAUGUGGAAGCUUCGCUGGUGGAAGGGUUUAUCCAAGUUAACGACAACGGACGCUGGAUCGCGGAUCUAGACAUCCUUUCGGCAUUCAAGCGCGGAUGCAGCCAAUUCGAUCAUGAUUAUUACUACAAAUCUCGAUGCGAGCAUGAGAAAUCAAAGAAUAGGGAGUAUACGAUGGGUGCGAAGGAUCUGUGCGAUAUGCAUCCGAUGACGGCUAUUGAGAGCUGGGAGGAGUUUUUGGAGCGGCCUGAGGGACCAGCCGUGGUGAGGGCGAGUAAAAAUUGGUUGGCGAGAAUCGCGACUGCGGCUUUGGGUGUGCAGAGGCAUGAUAGGGUGCUUGUUGGGGGGGAGGUUUGUUGGGAGUGUUUUCUUGAUUUGGCGAAUGUUGGAGGUGCGGAUAUUGUUGAUAAGAUUUUGUUUAUUAAUUAGUUAAUAGGUACACAUGAGGCUACGAUAGUGCUACGUGUAUCGUCAAG